AUUCUUAACUUUUAAUAAGAUAUCUAUUGACACAAGUUACAAAAUUUAUUUAUUUAUCUUAUGUAAAUCGCAACUUUUCAAUAAUUUUCUUUUGGUUUCUUUCUUCGGUGACCAUUCUGAUCCAUCAUCAUAUGAACAAAGGAAAAUAGUAUGAUGGAUAAUAUACCAGAGCAUAUAAUAUGGGAGAUAUUGAAUAGAAUAAAGAAAACUAGUGACAGAAACAAUGUUUCCCUUGCUUGUAAAAGACUUUACUAUUUAGAUAAUGCACAGAGACAUUCUCUUAAGGUUGGAUGUGGAAUGGAUCCUGCAAAUGAAGCAUUAACAUGUUUAUGUACUAGGUUUCUCAACUUGUCCAAAGUAGAGAUCACAUAUUCUGGUUGGAUGUCGAAAUUAGGAAAACAAUUGGAUGAUAAUGGUCUUUUCAUUCUUGGAAAUCAUUGUCCUUUAUUAUGUGAUCUCUCGUUAAGUUAUUGCACUUUUAUCACUGAUGUCGGUCUUGGAUACUUGGCUUCUUCUUUGAAGUUAUCGUCUUUGAGGUUGAAUUUCACUCCGAGAAUAACAGGCUGUGGAAUAUUGUCUCUUGUUGUCGGUUGCAAGAAUCUCUCUAGGCUUCACCUUAUUAGAUGUCUCAAUGUGAGCAGUGUGGAGUGGCUGGAAUAUCUUGGAAAACUUGGAACACUUGAGGAUCUCUCCAUUAGGAAUUGUAGAGCUAUCGGUGAAGGUGAUUUGAUUAAGCUUGGCCCUGGUUGGCAAAAGCUUAAAAGGUUGCAAUUUGAAGUUGAUGCGAAUUAUCGAUAUAUGAAAGUUUAUGAUCGACUGUCUGUUGAUAGGUGGCAAAAGCAGAAUGUCCCUUGUGAAAAUAUGCUGGAACUAAGUUUGGUGAAUUGCAUCAUAAGCCCUGGAAGAGGGCUUGCUUGCGUGUUGGGAAAGUGUAAGAACUUGGAAAUAAUUCACCUGGAUAUGUGUGUUGGCGUAAGGGACUCUGACAUAAUUUGCUUGUCUCAAAUUUCGAGUAACCUUCGAUCAGUUUCAUUUAGAGUUCCAUCUGAUUUUUCUCUUUCGUCCUUGGUCAAUAAUCCUUUGAGAUUAACAGAUGAGAGUUUGAAAGCCUUGGCUCAAAACUGCUCAAAGCUUGAAUCGGUGAGUUUAUCUUUUUCCGAUGGGGAGUUUCCUUCGUUUUCCUCAUUCACAUUUAGUGGAAUAUAUCACUUAAUUCAAAAGUGCCCGGUUCGGCAGAUUUCCCUUGAUCACGUUUAUUCCUUCAGUGAUUUUGGAAUGGAAGCUCUUUGCACUGCAGAAUAUCUUGAAUAUCUUGAACUUGUGAGGUGCCAAGAAAUUAGUGAUGAAGGGCUACAACUUGUGAGUCAAUUUCCCCGAUUGAGUAUUUUACGGCUAUGCAAGUGUUUGGGAAUCUCAGAUGAUGGAUUAAAGCCGCUUGUUGGAUCAUGCAAGCUGGAUUUCCUUGCCGUUGAAGAUUGUCCGCAAGUUUCUGAAAGAGGUGUCCAAGGAGCUGCAAAGUUUGUAUCUUUCAAGCAAGAUUUAUCUUGGAUGUACUGACCUGUUUUGGUUUUAUCCAUGGCAAUAUUUACAACCUGUCAUAUAGUCUUGACUAUCCACAAUGUUGUUCUAUAUCUAUAUAUGUUGUUUAUCUCACACACACAUUAUAUAAUCCUCUUGUAUUUAACAUGUACAUCCUUUUUUUUUUUUCUUUCUGAAAUAUAAUCUGUACAUCCUUGUUAUAUGAAAUAAAUGGAUCUGUAGCAAUAUGUGAUGUAUAUCAUCCA